UCUCCGGGUGCGCAUACAACAGGAAACGUGUGACUUCCACAGCAUCUUCUUGCUUCCCACCAACUUGUGGACAAGCCUGUCACAUUUACAAAGACAUGGCUGCGUCGAAUUAUACCUUGAAGGUCAACAGAGAGCUUUUGGACCCCAGCUUUGAAAGUUACAGGUUAUCUCUGGACGCCAUACCAACGUACUGCGUUGAGCUGGAUGCUGCUGUAGAGGAAGUGAAGCUGAAGGACACUCACUACACCCUGGAACACAUGCGUGCUUUUGGCAUGUACAACUACCUCCACCUGGACCCGUGGUAUGAAGACAGCGUUUUGUUUGUGGACUGCAAAGGACGGGUUCUCGGCCUCACCGUCACCUUGGACACGGCCCUGGGGAAGCCCAGAGAGGUCUACCGUAUCACCGCUGACUCCAGCCAGAGCGAGCAUCGUCUCUGUGCGUCCCUCAGCCUCACCUCCGCGACCUGGGCGGCUCUCUCCGACGGCGCCGGCCGACUCUUCCUCCUCCGCACCGGCAAGAGGGCAGACAGCUCCCAUACCAAGUGGGAACCACUGUUCAGUGAGGACAUGGGGGAGCCUUUCACCGUCCUCCACAGCAUCUCACAUGUCCAGGAGGGAGUCCACACCAUGGAGGUCCUGCUGCUCCGCAUCCAGAAAGACCCGCAGGAAACCAAAGGCAGCGGAUACUCCGUGUCUCUCGAGUGGAUCACAGUCGCCAACACCGCAGGACAUGGGCCGGAGAAGAAGUACGAGGUGAAGAAGACGAGGGUCCUCAGGGGAAAGUCGGUGCCCCACUACGCAGCGGUGGAGCCGCAGGGGAAGGGGCUGAUGGUGGCCUCUGAGAAACCAUUUGCCUUCACACAUGUGGACGGUCGCCCUGUGGAGGUGCCUGACCCAGAGCCCAUGGAGGUGGAGAAGACAGAUCCAAUUUACUUCUGGCAGCAGACAGCGGAGGACGUCACGGCGUGCGUGCGCAUACCCGAGGGUGUCACCAAAGAGCAGGUGCAGUUCAGGCUGACGGCAGACCGCAUCAGGCUCGGGGUUCAGGGUUUCCCUUCGAUACUGGAGGGCCACCUGCACUCGUCUGUAGACCCAGAGGCCAGCGCCUGGAUCAUCAAGGAUGACAAAAGCCUGGAGGUGACCCUGCAGAAGCGCAGUGAGGGGCCGCUGUGGUCGGAGCUGGUGACGGGGGACAAGAGAGGGGAGUACGUGGUGAGCGACGAGCAGGCUGCCCUCAUCCACGAGAGACUGACGUUCCUCACCUCUGAAGACUUGAAUGGCAACCCUGACGGGGACAAGCCCCCUUGUAACUCUCAGGAGCUGGAGGACUGUGAUGGGUUCCCAGAAGACGGCUCCAGUCUCACACACUUUGACGGAGAAUCACUCAAGCCCACUCAGGUGGUGAAUCUGGGCAGCCAUCAGUACCUGUUCACCGUGGACGUGGACCCCUCUGCAAUGCCGUGUUUCUGCCUCAGACACGACGUGGACGCUCUAGUGUGGCAGCCUCGCCCCGACCAACCCAGUGACAUGUGGGAGCACGUCGCCACGUUCAACGCCUUGGGCUACGUCCAGGCGUCCAAACGGGAUAAAAAGUUUGCGACCUGCGCCCCGAACUUCUCCUACGCCACGCUGGGCGAGUGUCUCCGCCGGGCCUUCAUCUACCGACAGCCGGCGCCGGUGGAGACUGUCCUCUUCAACCGGAAGCAGGGCCGCCAGGUGGGACAGGUCGCCAAGCAGCAGGUGGCUAGCCUGGACUCGGAUAAGCCGAUCCUGGGCUUCAGAGCAACCAACGAGAGGCUGUAUGCCCUGACCUCCGGCCACCUCUUUGUUCUAAAGGUCAACAAUAACUAGAUUUGGGACUCUUGUUAGUUUUAAAUGUUCACCCCCCCCUCAGAAGAUCUGUCGUCUGCUACAUCUUUAUUUCUUUUAAUUCGUCAUGUGUACAUUUGAGCUGUCUGUAAUGAAGUUUUUUUUUUUUCACCUCCUACAAGUCGUCUGUGUUCCAAAAUGUGUGUGACCCAAAAAGUAAAGACUCGUGUUCUGAAAGACAAAUCAUAGUAAUAAACUAGAGCUGAAUCUUUCCAGGGUAAGAAAAUGAUUCUUAUGAGUAAAUAAUCAUCGUUUCCUUGAGUGCUUAAAUUCAGCGAGUGCCAAAUGAAUCUCAUGUGAUGAAACUGGACGUUUCAAAAAUCGAAAUGUCACAUAUGCGGUGCCCCGUUAAUGCUCACUGUAUUAUUACUGCGUUAUGUGUAACGCCGUGAAUUCCAACUCGCCGAGGAAAUCCCUCUCCUUGGCUCGUUUUACCACUG